AUGACGGUAUCGGAAAAAUGUGCAGCAUUAAAACGAAAAGCCAAAGUCUACAGAACAGGAAAAAAGAGACCUACACUGGACAGAAUGUUCGCUUCGACAUCACAAAGAAAUGAUGAUGGUUUGCAGUCGUCUUACAAUAUCUCGUUACUUAUAGCAAAAUCCGGAAAACCGCAUACUAUCGGAGAGAAGUUAAUUUUGCCAGCCGUCGAAGAGGUUUUAAAAACUGUUUUACACAAACCUGCAUCUGAUAUCAUUAAAAGAAUUCCCUCAAGCAAUAAUAAUGUUGAAAGACAAAUCUACGAAGAACUGCUCUUCGCAAGAACUUUGAUAACCGACACUAAAGGUGUAUCAAUAUUUCAUGUUUUGAAGUAUUACUUCAUUGAAGAAGCAAUUCCUUUAUCAAAUAUAAUAUCAGUAGCUACAGAUGGAGCACCUGCCAUGGUUGGACGUUAUCGUGGAUUUAUAAGCUAUUUAAAACAAAAUGUGUCAGGGGUGUUAGCAAUACAUUGCGUCAUCCAUCGACAACAUUUAGUUGCUAAAAAUUUGAGUGUUAGAUUGCAUGAAUCACUUCAUUCAGUCAUUGAUGCAGUAAACCGAAUCCGAAGCAACGCGUUGAAUACGCGGUUAUUUACGCAGUUGUGUGAAGAAAAUGACGAACACUUUCAUCAAUUACUCCUUCACACUGAAGUACGCUGGCUGUCGAAAGGCUUAUGUUUGACAAGAUUUUUUUCACUUUUUGAGACUAUUUUAGAAUUUAUGGAAACUAAAGAUAAAAUUCUAAAAGAAAAUUUAAUGAAGAGGAAAACAGACAUCGCCUAUUUAACAGAUUUGUUUACAAAAUUGAAUAUGGUUAAUUUGCAGUUACAAGGCGACAGUUUAAAUUUGAUUAAAACAAAGUCCAUCUUAUCAGCGUUUCUUGCCAGAGUUAAACUAAUGAAGCAAAAUAUUGGACGGGGCGAAUUUUCUCAGUUCCCCAAUUUGUCACAGACAAGCUGCCAGGAAGACGACGUUUCAACUUACGUUCAACAUUUAAAUGCCCCCUAUUCAGAUUUUGAAUCCAGGUUUGAGGAUAUUUUGAAUAUGGAGGAACUGACUGAACUAAGUACAAACGAAGAACUUAAGGUGCAGUUUAAAAACGGAUAUCAGCAAUUCUGGCUGCAAAACAACAUAUCCGUUACUUAUCCCGUAUUAUGGAAUAUAGCGAGGAAAUUUUUAAUUUCCUUUCCAACGUCAUACCUAGUGGAAAGGGGGUUCAGCGCUGUUACCAAUCUCCUAACGAAAAAAAGAAACAGACUGGACAUAAUUAGCCGAGGAGAUUUAAGAUUAACCCUUACAAAAUUGACGCCAAAUGUUGAUAAUUUAUUAUUAAAGCAUCAGGGAGGUGGAGGAUCAGGCAUUCUGGUGGUGGUAAAUAAUGUUGCGGAAAUGAGGCGUCAAACCAUAUUUCACCUUCAACGAAAUAGGAUAUAA